AUGUCAAAUAAUAAGCUUACCGGGUCAAUACCCAGACAUUUCGGAGAGUGUUCAAAGUUACUUUCAUUGAACUUGAGAAGAAACGGUUUCAGUGGACAGAUUCCACCUCAGAUCGGAAACUUGAAUUCAAUACAAUAUAAAUUGGAUCUCAGUCAAAAUGAGCUUGCAGGUGAAAUACCAUCGGAUCUCGGAAAAUUAAAUAAAUUGGUAGAGCUAAAUCUAUCCCGCAACAAGCUUUCGGGUUCAGUUCCGAACUCUUUCAAUGAAAUGCUUAGCUUGACCAUUGUUGAUAUUUCAUAUAACGAAUUGAUUGGUCCUAUUCCAAAUAUCAAGGCUUUCAAGGAUGCUCCAUUUGAUGCAUUGAGGAAUAAUAGAGGUUUAUGUGGUAAUCACUCCGGAGGUAUGAGAUCUUGUAAUUCCUCGAGUACAAAUAGAAGAAAAGAGAUCAAAUCUGAUAAACUCGCGGUCAUGAAAAUUCUAGUUCCCUUGUUUGGUUCAUUGUUUAUUUUGUUCCUAGUACUUGCCGUUGUUUUUUGCUUCCGGAAAAGAUUCAGUAGAAAUGUCGAACACCCAGACCAAACUAAAUCAACCAUUAAUACUGGGAAAAAUUUAUUCUCGAUAUGGAAUUAUGAUGGGAAACUAGUGUUUGAAGAUAUACUUGAAGCAACAGAGAAUUUUGAUACCAAAUAUUGCAUUGGAACAGGAGGGUAUGGGAGUGUUUACAAAGCAGUGUUAUCGACACGCCAAGUUGUUGCUGUGAAGAAACUUCACUUUCCAGAUGAAGAUUCUGAAAUGGUUGAUCUCAAGUCUUUUGAAAGUGAAGUGCAUGCCUUGACAGAAACUCGUCACCGGAACAUAGUUAAACUUUUUGGUUUUUGUUCUAAUACCGAAAGACGAAUCUCAUUCUUGGUGUAUGAGUUCAUAGAGAGGGGAAGCUUGAAACAUGUAUUAUCUGAUGGAGAAAGAGCAGCGGAGUUUGGUUGGAGAAAGAGGAUAAGAUUCAUCAAGGGAACGUCUGAUGCAAUUGCUUACAUGCACCAUGACUGCAUACCGGCCAUAGUUCACAGGGACAUAUCCAGCAACAACAUUUUAUUGGAUUCAGAUUAUGAAGCACGUAUUUCCGACUUUGGUACUGCGAGGAUUUUGAAGCAAGAUUCAUCCAAUUGGACUUCACUUGCUGGAACAUAUGGAUAUGUUUCUCCAGAGCUUGCCUACACAAUGCAGGUAACAGAGAAAUGUGAUGUUUAUAGCUUUGGGGUGAUCAUGUUAGAAGUACUAAUGGGGAGUCAUCCAUCUGAAGUCAUCGCAUUACUCUCUCCUGCUCUCCUUCCACUGUCGUCAUCCUCCUCGACUUCAAGUAAUGCAGGGGAAAACAUAAGGUUGAAAGACAUCUUGGACAAGUGCAUUGAAGCGCCAUCGGAUUUAGCAAAAAAGCAAACAAUGCAUUAUUCGAAGGUAGGAUUUUCAUGCUUACGUGGUGAUCCACGUACCCGGCCAACUAUGCAAGAAGUAUCGGUAUAA